AUGUGUCUGGGAGGAGGGACGACAGGGAGCGUGAUUGCAAGUCGGUUAACUGAGAAUUCGAAGGUGAAGGUGCUGUUACUCGAGGCUGGGUCGGAUGGUACCCUGCUCUCUUGGAUCCCUGCAGCCACAUCCUUGAUGUGGUGGUUCACCAAGUUCGACUAUGCCUAUUCCAGCGAACCUCAGGAGGAUUCCUGCCUCGCUCUGGAAAGAGGACGAUGCCGUUGGUUCCGGGGUCGGAUGUUGGGAGGAAGUUCCUCCCUGAACGGCGCCAUAUACACCCGCGGGAACCACAAGGACUACGACAACUGGGCCGCCUUGGGGAAUCCUGGCUGGUCCUUCAACGACCUCCUCCCGCUUUUCAUUAGGGCUGAGAACUUCCUCGUGGAAGAUGUCUCUCCAAGAGAUGCAGUUUAUCACGGGACCGGUGGAUAUUUUCCUGUUUCAUACACAUAUUUCACGAAGCUCAUGCCAGCAUUCAUCGAGGCCGGGAUUAGCCUGGGAUACCCCUAUAAUCCCGACCACAACGGCGCCUCGCAGAGGGGUUUCGGCAGAGUGCAGGUAGCGACCAAGCGAGGAAUCCGACACAGCACGGCCAAAGCAUACCUGACGCCGGCAAAGCACCGCAGGAACCUCCACGUCGUCCUCAACACCCCCGUCACGAAAAUUGUCAUAGACGAGGCGACGACGACGGCGAAGGGGGUCGAGUACCUGACUGAAAAAGGUACCAAGCGCUUCGUAUCGGCGAGGAGGGAGGUGAUCCUGUCGGCCGGGGCCAUUGCUUCCCCUCAGCUCCUCAUGCUCUCCGGCAUUGGACCCAAGCACGAACUACAAAAACACGGAAUCAGACAGCUGGUGGAUCUGCCUGCGGGAGAGAACCUCCAAAGCCACACCGGUCCUGGGGGGCUCUACUUCAGCAUCAAGGAGAAAACUGGCUUCUACAUCCCUUCCCUACUCACCAUUGGACUGAUCCCCAAUGCCCUCAAGUACCUCUUCAAGGGCGAUGGCAUUACGACGGAAAAGGCGACCGGGGUUAAUGAUGGCACAGCAUUUCGGUGUAAAUAA